GAAAACUCGCAUAUGGCUCCCCUCCUUCUGUGGCUUCAAGGUGGCCCAGGAAAAUCAUCCCUUUUUGGCCAAUUCCUGGACAACGGACCGGUGGGGAUCGAUGCAACUGGUCGGCUGUACAGGAGACUCCCCACCAUUCAGAAGACCAUGAACAUCAUAUACCUCGACGAACCCGUCGGAGCUGGGUUCAGUUACACGCAAGAUCCCAGAGGAUAUGUUAAAACCCUCGGACAAAUGAGCGAAGCCAUGGAAAAGUUUCUCCAACAGUUCUUGAGUAUGUUCCCGGAGUUUAGGAACCGUGACUUCUACAUUGCUGGAGAAUCUUACGGAGCGAGAGCAACGGUGGGCAUUAGCCACCUUCUUCAGACCACAGACCCGGAUGAAAUUCCAUUAAAGCUGAGAGGCGUCAUCUGUGGCGUUGGAUUCCUUGGACCCAUCCUGGACACCAUGGACUCGACCCAGUUCCUCUUCUAUUCCGGAAUGCUGGACGAACGGGGCGCACAGCUGUUUUCUGAAAGGUUUAAACUCCUUAGGAACCUAGUCCGCGCCAACGCGACUGCAGCGUUGGGUCUCCUGACGAAGACCAUCGGUGCCGAGAGGGGCCCCAGAAGCCGGCACACCUUUUUCCAGAACCUGACGGGCUAUAACUCCCACUCUAGCGCCAUAGUAGAAGACCCUCCGGAUGAGUUCAAACAGUUCUACAAGUUCGCUGCCACACCCGAAUUCAAGCGUGCAUUUCACGUCGAUGAAGAUAGAGUUCUCGACGCACAGCGGGAGAUAGUGACCUUCAAUUUGGCACAGCAAGACAUGCUGGCGGACAUCAGCGACAGGCUUCAAGACCUUCUGAAUGACCAGAGGGUCUUGUUGUACACAGGCCAGAUGGAUACUCUUUUUCCGGCCGCCAAUUUAGAGAAGUAUUUCAAGAGUCUGAGGUGGGACGGGGCUCACGAGUUUCGAAACGCCACGAGGGCGCCAUGGUACACGGGCUGUAAGCCUCGCAGGUUUGCCGGUUAUGUCGUCUCCGUGCGGAACAUGCAGUACGUACAAGUUGCGCGGGCAGGGCAUCAUGCCGCUUUCGACCAACCGGCAGCAGUGUAUGAGAUGAUGGAUAGAUUUUUUGGAAACAGAAGACCUAGCUGUUCCUGAAGCCUUUCUUCUUUUUAUUCCACAACUUAUGAUUUUUUAUCCUUCAAUUAUGCCAGGACUUAUUUCACCUGCCAUAAAACAUACAAUUUUCUAGCAACCACCUUGGAGUCUCCGCUCAAAUCUCGUGUACGAUAUUAAAAUAAAUUAUACCCAUACAUUGUUCA